GUGAGGGGUAUGAUAAGCUGCUAACAUGGCUUUGCUUGGUCAUUCUUCUCACUAGAUACUUUCCCACACUCGCUGUACUUAUUAGGCAUCUUACCUGGUUUAAGCCCAGGUAAUCAUUCAGGUUGCCCUGCUUUGCGCUUGACCAUCCUCACCGUUUCACCGUGUCACCGCACCAUGGGAUCCAACCCGGCGAUAUCCUUCGGCAGACAAGCAGCCCGGGCCGCUCUUGACGCCGCCGAAGAACGCUUUGCCGCCAACAACACGCUCUCCAAGGCCCAGCAUGAACUCGCCAUCGGCAGCCUCCCGGGUGGCAACACCCGCACUCUCCUCCACACCUCCCCCUUUCCGCUCUGCAUGAAACAGGGCAAGGGCGCCUACGUCUGGGACCUCGACGGCCACAAAUAUCUCGAUCUUGUAGGCGAGCUCUCAGCCGGCCUGCUGGGGCACACGCACCCGCAGGUGCAGGCGACGAUCCGCCGCACGCUCGAGGAGACGGGAGUGUCACUGGGGGCGACGACGCAGCACGAGCAGGCGCUGGCGGCGGAGCUGUGCGCGCGCUUCCGCCUCGCGCGCGUGCGCAUGACCAACUCGGGCACCGAGGCCAACCUGCACGCGCUGGCCGCCGCCCGCCACGUCACCGGCCGCCGCCGCGUCGUCGUCUUCUCCGGGGCCUACCACGGCGCCGUCCUGUCCUUCCCGAACGACCACGCCGGCGACGCCGGCGACGCCGCGCCCGCCCCCGCGCCCAACACGGUCGACCGCGCCGACUUUGUCGUCGUCCCGCGCUACAACGACCUGGCGCUGGCCCGGCGCGUCAUCGAGGCCGCCGACGACCUCGCCGCCGUCCUGGUCGAGCCCGUGCAGGGCGCCGCCGGGUGCAUCCCCGGCGGCAGGGAGUUCCUGGCCGGGGUGCGGGAGGCGGCGCGCAGCAAGGGCGCCGUCUUCAUCCUGGACGAGGUCAAGACGUCGCGGCUGGCGCCCCACGGCCUGGGCGCCGAGCUGGGCCUCGGCCCGGACCUGGUGACGCUGGGCAAGUACAUCGGCGGCGGCCUGGCGUUCGGCGCCUUUGGCGGCCGCGAGGAGGUCAUGAGGGCGUACGACCCGCGCGUCCGGGGCAGCCUGGCCCACUCGGGCACCUUCAACAACAACACGCUGGCCAUGUCCGUCGGCAGGACGGUCCUCGCGGACGUCUACACCCCCGACGUGUGCGUGCGCUUCAACCACAAGGGGGACCGCUUCCGGGAGCGGCUGGCGGAGGUCGCCCGCGGGUCGCGGCUGAGCUUCACGGGGAGGGGCUCCCUGAUCGGGCUGCACUUUACCGAGGACGGGACGGAGGAGAUCACCUGCCGGGAAGACGUCAAUAGAAAGCAGCGGACGGACCUCCGGGAUCUGUUCUGGUUCGAGAUGCUCGAGGCAGGGUUCUGGAUAACACGGCGCGGCGUCAUCGCCUUGAUCUUAGAAACACCGGACGAGGAGCUCGAUCGCUUCGUCGAGGCUGUGAAGAAUUUCUUGGAGAGGCAUCGGGACAUCAUGAUGGUCGAAUAAAUAAGGAGUCGAACGAGGGAUCUGGGGAAGCCGUUUGAUUUUCGAGCGCAAUGCCAUCCGUCAUAACCACGAGACCAUAUCAUAUUAUCUGGCUGUGGUUGUACGGAUCCAGGCAUUGAUUGCGUUACAAAAAGGUCCCUAGCCUCUGCUAUGGCUCAGUAUAUUCUAUGAAACCCCCAGAUAUUGCUGAUAGUUAACGAAGUCAUUGCAGAGGGCAUCAAGAAUUUCUGCUCCUGGAGGCCUUGGCGGUGCGAAGCUCCAGACCAUCCCGUUGUCUGCCGGCAACGAUGCAGCUCGGAGUGUUGAUAGCUAACCCGGAAGCGUAAACAACUCAACUACCCGAAUUGAAAGCUGUAAGAG